CGGGCUGGAGGGUGAGAAGCAGAGGCUCCUGAGGCGGCGCCUGGACGGGACGGACGUCUCCCCGGCUUGCAGCCGAUGGCCCCGCCGCUCCUGCUGGCGCUGCUGCUGCUGCUGGCGGCGCGGACCGGACACCCUUUGGGCAAGGCCCCAUCCCGGCCCCGCAGAGGAAUCCUCCAGCUGGCCGGGAUGAUCCAGUGCACCACGGGCCGAACUCCCCUAGCCUACAUUCGUUACGGAUGUUACUGUGGCUGGGGAGGCCAUGGCUGGCCCAAGGACCAGGUCGACUGGUGCUGCUUUAAGCACGACUGUUGCUACGGAAAAGCUGAGGAGGAGAACUGCGCCCCCAAGACGCGGAGGUACCCCUGGGAGUGCAAGGACAGCAAAGCCAAGUGUGAUGACAUUGAAGACAAGUGCCAAAAGAUGGCUUGUGAGUGUGACCGCAACGCAGCCAAGUGCCUGGCAAAAGCCCCCUACAAUGUGAUGUAUUUGUUCUGGCCAGACACCCGGUGUGAAGAGAAGAGCCCCAGGUGCCCAGACGACUGACGCUGCCCUCGCACGGCUUCCCUGGCUGUCCGCCUUCCGAUUCAGGACCUGAGCUACUACUUCCUCUCGAAUGGCCUGGCCUCACCUUGCUGCAGGGACUCAGCACCAGAAGAGUCUGCGGGCAGUUCUGGGGUCUCAUUUCCAGGAUGUCACCCAACUCACUUUGGGAUGCAGAGUUUUGCACUAAUGAGUGAUGGCAUGUGGGAAUGAGGCUGGGCAGCCAGGGAUGGUCAGAAAAAAGGCAACCUAGCCCUUAGAGGGAAAGUGGGAGGAGAUGGGAGAGAACUUGGAGGACUUGUAAGAUUGGUGUCAGCCAUGCAAGUAGAUUCGAGUGGAAACACAACCAGGUGGGCUAUUUCUACUUUAUUGUAAAGCUGCAUUAACAGAAUCUUGCAAAUCCGACAGUCCAAAUCUCUCCCCGUCUCCUUUACAGUCCACAAAACUCGGGGUGAGGGGUGGGGGGGCUCUUCUGACCCACUCGUCCCUCCCCUGAUCAUUCCCACAUUCCAUUACUAUACAGAAAGCAAGAGCAUGCAGGGUGGCAAGGGAGGGCAUAGAAGAGAACUGAUUUAAUGAACAUCACAAAGUUAAGUUCAACUCCCGUCAUCACAGCCAUUGAUGGACACCAGGCAGCCAUGACACCUGCCAUGGUGCAGCCCAGCCUACCUCAAAAUCUAAACAAGAAAGGGAAGGAGGGAAUGCUAGGUGAAAAAACAACUAUCACUCCUUUUAGAAAACAUUAUUUAAUUUGUAAAAAUGUUCUAUGCAAAUUUAAAGAUCGUAUUGAUACAAA